GGCGCUAAUAGAGGCUGUCAGCCUCGUCGCUUCUAGCUGUGCUCCACCACGGCGCUUACGAUGGUUGCUGGUAGGAAUAUAUCUUGUUCUCGAUGGGGAUGGUCUUCUCCAUGGGUUAGACAACCAGAGGAUAAGCAAUGGAGCAUAAGCUAAGCACAGGUGAGCCCAAUGCUCUCGAUAAAACAGGAUUAUGUCUACUAUCGCUGGAUGGUGGUGGUGUGCGAGGGCUUUCAACCCUCUAUAUCUUGAAGCAUCUCAUGGCUCGAUUGAGCCAUGAACGACCGGAACUCGGUCAAGUCAAGCCUUGCGAGAUAUUCGAUCUCAUCGGUGGCACGAGUACUGGAGGCCUUAUUGCGAUCAUGCUUGGCCGCCUGAAAAUGAGCGUUGACGAGUGUAUCGAUACGUACGUGAAGUUGAUCAAAACGGUUUUCGAGAAAAAGUCCCGAUGGCCCAUAAAUUUCUCCGGUGACAUCAGGUCGCGAUUUGACGCAGCGAAGCUAGAAAGUGCUAUCAAAGACGUUGUGACCAGCCAUGGAGCAAAGGAGACCGAUCUUUUCAACGACGGAUGCGACCGCGGCUGUCGUGUUUUUGUUUGUACUACAUCGCACGAGACAAAAGAUAUUGUACGUCUUCGAGACUACAGUUUGCCGUCUAAGGAUAACAUUCCUGCCACCAUCUGCCAGGCUGCACUUGCCACGUCAGCUGCUACAACAUUUUUCGAUCCUGUCUACAUCGGCACACGAAAGUUUGUUGAUGGUGCUCUAGGCUCAAACAACCCUGUGAACGAAGUGGAAGGAGAAGCGGCAGACAUAUGGUGUUCUGGUACUGGUGAUUUAAAGCCGCUCGUGAAAUGCUUCGUCUCCAUUGGGACAGGGGAUCCCGGAAUAGCUGGUAUUGAGGAUAAGGCAGUCAAGUUCCUUUCUAAAACAUUGGUCAGUAUUGCGACCGAGACUAGGAUAACAGAACAGAAGUUCAUAGCAAGAUGGGCCAAACACUACGACGAUAAGCGGUACUUCCGUUUCAAUGUUGAGCAGGGAUUGCAGGGAAUUGGUCUGGAAGAAUACCGGAAGCAGGGAACUAUAGAAGCAGCAACGCAUCGAUAUCUGGAUCACCAGACUCAGGUGUUCCGGGUGCGAGAUUGCAUCCAGAACUUGAAGCUCAAACGGGGUAUGGCGAUGUCCAACAUCUCAAGGAUCCUCGGCGGAAACCACAUUCCACCUUUAACACAGCUCCAUAUACCGUCAAGAACCAGAGCACCCUGGAUCGUCCCUUUCCGACGGAAUCCGCUUUUCGUCAGUCGCUCAGCGGAAAUCGCCAUGGUUGAUGAUAUUCUCGGCGGUGACAGUGCAUUUUCCCAGGUUGCGAUUGUUGGGCUUGGGGGCGUUGGGAAAACGCAAAUUGCGCUUGAAUACGCGCAUAUCCUGCGAGAACGACAUCCAGACUGCGCAAUAUUUUGGAUGCCAGUCACUAACAUGGAGAGCAUGCUGGAGGCAUAUUUGCAAAUUGCAAAAGAGCUGCAAAUCUCUAAUGUCGGAAAUGAUAUCAAAGGCAUUCAGAAUAUAGUCCAACAUCGACUAAGUCAAGAAAACUCCGGUAAAUGGCUGCUGGUACUAGACAAUGCUGACGACAUCUCCUUUUGGGCUGAUAAAACCAAAGAUAUGGCUGGUUCUAGCCUGCCAAGGAGCAAGCAUGGAUCUAUCCUUUUCACAACCCGAAGCCACAAAACAGCGGUUCAGUUAGUAGGGAGAAAUAUAGUCACGGUGAACGCGAUGGAUAACGCACUAGCCAAGAACCUUCUCGGAAAUACUUUGAUCGACCGGAGCCUGUUAGCUGACGAACGCGCUACCUCCAAUUUGCUUCAGAACCUUACAUACCUGCCGCUCGCAAUUGUCCAGGCAGCCGCAUUCAUCAACAGGAAUCAAAUGACGCUCUCCGAGUAUAUAUCGCUCCAUGAUAGCACUGAGGAGAGUACUAUCGACAUCCUUAGUCAAAAUUUCGAAGACGAAGGUAGAUACGGGAACGGAAAGAACUCCGUUGCGGCAACAUGGCUCAUAUCCUUCGAGCAGAUCCAGGCUUCUGACACAUUAGCAGCGGAGUAUUUGUCACUUAUGGCCUGUGUUGACUCAAAGAACAUCCCGCGGUUAUUCCUUUCUCUUACACAGUCGGCAGCAGAAUCUGCCAAUGCUAUUGGGACUUUGAAGGCUUUCGCAUUUAUUGCAAAUCAUCAAAACAAUCGACUCUUUGACCUUCAUCGCCUUGUGCACCUGGCGAUGCGUAAUUGGCUACGCAUGCAGGGCACCCUCGAAAAGUGGACAAAUCGGGCUCUGAGUCACCUGCAAUCGCUGUUCCCAUGGCCCGGCGAAGAGAACCAGCUCCUAUGGAGGCCAUUACUACCACAUACUCGGUAUAUCCUGCAGUCAUUGGCAUGGGAUAACCCAACUAGUACAGCAAUAUAUCUGUUGUACGUCUUUGGAUAUUGUGCAUUAAGGGAUGGGAGAUACACAGAAGCUGAGAGGGCUUUCAGCACGGCUACAGGUUCUAAUAGAACUAUGCUUGGUAUAGAACAUCCUAAGACACUUGAAAGCGAGGCAGCUCUGGUACAAGCAUACGUCAAGCAAGGGCAAUGGAACAAAGCUGAAAAUCUGAUUAUACAAAUAUCACCCAGUCUCAGAAAGGUCUUCGGUAACGAGCAUUUGGUGACAUUGAAAGCCAUGGGAGCUCUUGUUACGAUAUACUGCUACCAAGAACGGUGGGAAGAAGCGCGUAGGCUGGAACUACAAACCCUGAAAGCUUACGAGAGCGUGUUAGGUGCAGAGCAUCAGGAAACCUUGGUGUGUAAGCGCUCGCUAGCAUGGAUAUAUUGCGGGACUGGCAAACACAUUCGCUCCAAACAGCUAAAUUUGCAAAUAUUGAAGGGUCAGAGAACGGCACUUGAGAUGGAGCACCCAUCUACACUCAGCACCACCCGCAACCUGGUAAAUGAUUACAUAUCGCUCGGGCUUCUGAGAUAGGCAGAAGCGCUUCAGACGCAAGCAGUGGAGACUUCCAAGAGAGUCCUUGGAGCAGAGCAUCCUGACACAUUAGAUGCCAUCGGUAUGCUGGCCACAAUUUAUAGCGUCACAGGUCGCCUCGAAUCGGCCGAGAAGCUGGAGAUCCAGGUUUUAAAGACCUACCGAGAGGUUCUCGGUACGGAGCACCCUUAUACUUUAUGGGCUAUGUCGCCCUGGCCUACACCUGGUGGAGAAUGGGUCGAUAUGCUGAGGCGACUGAUCUAUUGGAGAAGUGCCUACUCUUAGAAACGAAAGUUCUAGGUUUUGACCACACCAACACGAUAAAACAUGGUCGUAGAUUACGCAGAUGGCAGUUAUACCAGCAAAUGAUGAGUGGAUGCACUCCAAGCUAGUCGACAAAUACUCCUGGAACGCUAUCAUCCAUAGGAAACCUGUUUUAUCUAACCAUACUUUUCUCUCUCUGGCCUGAUACAAUGUUUUCCUUCCAUUUACUUUGUUCGCUAUUAUCGUACAGGUGGGUAGGAUAAUAAUAUAAUGAGCUUUCUAGGAUUUGGCAUACCCUUUGACCACAGGACUAUUUAUUUCUUAUAUCCUUUCGUCCCUGAAGCCCUUUGUCAACCCUGGGAGCAUUUGUACGGAUUCGUCCAUAAAGACCAGCUUUUUGUACGAUGAUUCAGUGCUACUGAUUCCCUCUUUUUUAUGUUUUCUUCUUUCCACUGUCCGCUUAUCUUUCC